CCACAGUAUACCGCACCAGAUUGAUACGUGCAGCUCAGCAGCAGCCCAGCCCAGCCAGAGCAGAGGCCCAGCUCGACUCGACUCGACUGAACUCGAUUCAAUUCGACUCGGCACACGACACACGACCGGAACGGGUUGUCAGGACCGGCCGAUCCAGUCCAGGGAUAUACAUUUUUUUCUUGCCUCGCCCUGCCUUGCUUUGCUUCUCCUCUGUGGUGGCUCGAACCUGACUGACUGGCUGACCGACCCAACCGACCGGCCUGACUUGACUCUGGGCCAUUGAGGCCUCGUUUCCUCUCCCAAGUCUCUUUCUCUCCCAGUCCUCGUCCUCGACCGGCCCCACACUCCCUCGAUACCCAGUCCAGUCCCCCCGUCCCAGUCCGGAGGGCGGGCGAAAGUCUCAUCGUCUCAUCUUGUCAACUCGACCACUCGCACCUCCAUCUCAUCUCCCUUGUGCAUGUCCAAUCUCCAACCACGGCUGGCCAUCGACAACCUGCGCGGGCGUCAAAUCAUCACAACCUCCACAGCACAAUUUCUAAUUCAAGCAUGAUCGGCGCGCGUACAACACCCACGAGGCGCACAAGAGAUUACGUGCUGAUUUAAACGUCUCCGCCGGGGCUAGGCGCUCAACGGCCACCACGGGUCUGCUACGCCUGCACAGCUUGCCCUGCUUGUUUGGUCCUCGAACGGCUUUCUCCGUCGCCUACCACACAAUACCGCACCACUACCCUUUUUUUAGCCCUCCCUUGCUUGACCUCUCGGAGCCGAACUGGGGCAGACAGGGCACACACGCAUAUCCUCUUGUCGCACACGCCCACGCAGACGCACCCCAGGACCAGGGCCAGGGCCGGAUCCAGAGCCCACCCAGAGCCCAGAGCCCAGAGCCGACAGCCACUGCAGCUCCAGAGCCAAGCCAAGCCCCAGACGGCCGCACCACACACGGCUGCGCUCCCAGAGGCGGGAGAGCUUCAGAUACCCAUCAUAUUAUUAUCCCACGCACACCUCUCACCCGUGUACACGCUCUCACACACUCGCACACUCACACUCACGCACACACUCGCACACUCACAUAUCUCUCUGCCAGAGAUAUCUUCAUCCUCACCCCUCCAUCCCCCUCUCUGUCCUCCCUACCCUCGUAUACCCGGACCUUCAGACACAUAUACUUCCUCGGCCACAUACACUUGCGACCUCGACCACGACAACGACCAGACCGCGACCGCAUACACCCUCGCGCCCCCGUACACGAUCCCGUCUUGCGCUAGGAGCCUAUUGUCAGCUCCCUCACCACCCAUCCAGCUGCCAAGUCGUCGUGUCUUGCGUUACCCUGCCUUACCGUCGCGUGGUGUAAGACUUGAAACCCCGACCACCACCUCCGUCAUCGACCGCUCCAGGCAUAACAAUCCUGCGCCUUGCUGUGCAUCGGCCUGCAUUGUCGCCGGACCGCAUUAUACUUGCACUGCAUAGCUUUUUUGCACUGCACUGCAUUGACUGCACCCCUUCGGAAUUGUACUUCUUGGCGCCCACCUCACCCGAGCUCCAGCCUUUCCAGCAUUGCGGUGGACCGGCUUCACAUCUUUUCUGCGGCCUGCUUUUAUUAAUCUCGGACCGUUCUCAGGAACCCACCAGCAAGGACCUCGGCCGACCGAAACCUGGGCGCUCAAUUGAGGCUGCGCUGAGGCUGCACAGGCGCUGUCCGUCGCACACAAAAGCAGCUCAGGCUCGGACUCGAGCCAGUCUCCCGCGCCCGUCCAGUUGGCAUCGGCGCCCGACGUGCAUGAUCCCGGCCCCAGUCCAGCGUCCCGAUUCGCAUACGCCCCGCGGGCUUGAUGCUCUCUCGCCACUCACAAGCAUGGCAACACCAAUACCUGGAGUCCAGGUCCAGGUCCAAGACAAUGGAUCCGGCUCCGCCUCUACCACCACUCCCACAUCGACAACGGCAGCCAGCGCCCCAGGCUUCCCGGUCCACAUGACAGAGCGGCCGGCGCCUGUCGCCAACAUGGCGUCUAACAUGACCACUAUGGUCUUCGACGGCCCCGGCUCGACGGGCAAAGCAGUUAAACGGCCCCGCCCUGUCAAGAGCUGCAACUCAUGCCGCCAGCGCAAGCUGCGCUGCGAUCGGACCUGCCCCUGCUCGCAAUGCCAAAAGUCCAACCGCGCGUGUAAAUACGCAAAUGAGCAUGAAGUUGGCCCAGGGUCCGAAGGCUCCGACGUUGAGGCCUCUCCCAGGCCCGCCAAGCGCCAGUACCGGCCGGCUCCACCAUAUCCACUGGAUGCACCAUCACCACAGCUGCAAGCAGGGCCGGGGCCUAUGGGCCUGGGGCUAGGACCUGGGGCGGCAGUGAGUACGGUCGGAGUGGGCGAGCAGCAGCCUCGUGGCUUGCCGGGGUCGGUCCUCGAACAAUUCGGCACCCGUCUGGAGCGCUUGGAAAAAUUCGUCUUCAGUUCGAGCCCCGCCUCUACUGCCGGAGGAGCCGCACAUGCACCGGAAUGGGGCCCGUCGCGGAACCCCUACUCGGCUUAUGCCGCAGUCAUGGGGUCGCCGACCACGAUCCGGAGCCUGAGUGUCAAGGGCAACCUGCGGACCCGAUUUUUCGGCCAGAACAGCACGAGGGUGCUGCUGAACCUAUUUGACGAGGCCAGAGAGUUCAUCUUCAGCAAGUCAAGAGGCGGCGACAUCAGGAUGUUGUUUGAGCAGCUGCACAAGGUGCACCGCGCCUUGCAGGAGGAGAACAAGCGGGCGCUCGCGCCAAUCUCAGUCUUCACGGACUCGAUGUUGCCCGUGCAGAAGAGGAUGGCCGACAUCCUGCCGGGUAGGGCAACUUGCGACAGGCUGCUGGACGCGUACAUAUCCAUGUCCGAGGGCAUCUAUCGCGUUGUCCACGUGCCCUCCUUCAAGGCGGAAUACGAGGCAUUCUGGACCCAGGCGGGCGUGUCAGAUGGCUUCCUCCCUCGCCUGAUGUGUAUGCUGUCGCUGGGCGCGCGGUUCGAGACGGAAACGCGGGGUCUCAGUCACGAUCGUGCCGACGGCAUCAACGCGCCGACCGCGUGCGCCCUCACCAGGGCGUGGCUCGAUGGGCUCCGGGGCAAGCAGCUGGUAGACAUGGACACGCUGCAAUGCGAGGUGCUGCACCUCCACGCAUCGCGCAUGAUGCUGUCACGCAACCAGGAGUCGUGGGCUCAGCUGGGCUUCAUAGUGCGGAUGGCCAUGACUAUGGGCCUACAUCGCGACCCAGACGAGUUCCCGCAGAUAAGGCCCUUCUACGCCGAGCUGCGGCGACGUCUGUGGUACACCAUAGCCGAUAUGGAUGUGCACCUUGCGCUAGCCUGCAACCUGCCUGGGGCUGUCCGUGAGGGCGAGUACACGUGCAGGCCACCGAGCAAUCUCGACGACACCGACAUUUUUCCCGAGAUGAAGACCCUCCCACCAUCCAGGCCUAUCGACGAGUACACCAACACGCAGCUGCAAGCGUACGCCUCCCGGACACUGGCUCACCGCAUCCGCGUGUCGACCAUCAUCAACCGCCUGGACACGAUUCGCGACUUCCACGAGGUGCUUGACUGUGGCACCAAGCUGGAGCAGCUGCUGGACGAUGUCAAUCACUUGUUCCCGCGACGAAACCAGACACUGGACCCGCGGGCCAAGUUCAAUGACUGGCGCAUGCGCGCCCUGCUGGACAUGCAUGUGCGCCGGCCGCUGCUGGCGCUUUACCGGCCUUUCGCCUUGAGCACAGUCGAGUGCCCUGCCCACAUCACCACCAGCUACCUCAAAUCCUCGAUGACGAUGCUGACCUACAUGGACGAGUUGGACCCGCGCAUGCCGGGUUUCGGUGACGUCAGCCACAUGUACCACGUUGUCCUCAAGCACGAUAUCAUGCAGGCUGCAUUUAGUGUCUGCCACUUCAUCAAGCUGGCCGGCGAGGAGCAGCAGCAGCAUCUGGCACGCCAGCAGCAGCAGCACUUCGCUAGCCAAUCGCAUCAACAGCAAUCACGCAACCCUCACAGCGCAACAACCUCGCCCACGGCCACAGUCAAUGGCCAGCUCCCGAGCCCAGACGCACACAGCCACGCGCGAGAUGGAGGGCCAAUCGGUGGCGGCGGCAUCACCUUCAACAACGCGCUGGACAACCACAUGGUUUGGUCAACCCAGGGGAUGACACGCGCUGUUCAGAACACCCUAGACAGCUUCGCGGCGAUGGUCAAGGACGAUCCAGCGUGCGACCUGCUCAAGGACACGGUGGUGCUCGCAGUGGUGCUUGGUUCCGUAGCUGGUGGGACAGCGGACGAGCGGGCGCAUCGUAUUGCGAGAGGUGUCGCCCGCAUUGUCGAUGCCGGGUCCGCAGCACUUAACGCCACCCCCGAGGCUAUUGCUAGCCUGCCUGGGCCGCCUGGCAGCGGAGGGUCCAACAGUGCCGGUGGUGUCGGUAGCGGAGCAGGAAUACUUGAUGGUGGCGCGUAUGGGUCUUCUGGUAGUGGGACCAUGGGGUACAGCCCUACCACUUUCUUCGACGAUUUAUCCUACUGGGAUAUGGACCAGUGGGAUCUUGCCACUGUCCCUGUCGGCUUGAACUAGACAACCGUCCAACUCUGCAUCUAUAUUGGAGAAAAAGUGCAUGAUAUUUCUUUUUUUUCAAAGAGCUGGCAGCAUCACAUUGAAAUCGACUAUAAUAUGCGACGAAGAGAAGGACAGCUUGCGGUGUCACUGCGAGGCUGGUGUUACAUCAUGGCAACACGAUGCAAAUCAGAAGAACAGGGGGCAACGUUGAUAUUUCGCCGUGAGCGGGUCGGAACAUGAGCGAUGCUACGUCAAACCUUCACGAUUCGACGUAAAGAUGCGGGCGAUACAACUUUUAUCCGACAAGACCCAGCCGGUUGUCACGUGGGCGAACAACGUUUAGCAGGCCAUGGCUGAAACCUAACUGACUUUCUCCUGGAGAGGCCCUUAUGCCAUUCACAUUGGAGGGCCGAAGCAAGAAUGAAGAGCGCUGCCCAAUCUGGCUGCUAGUCGAUGUGCUCUGGGAAAGAUGGGCCUCGUAUGGUGGGCGGGUCCGGUGUGCCGGACCAGAAGUUGAGUUGAAAGACUCAGCGCCUGGUCUUUGAACCAUUUUCGAUCAUUUACAAGUACUUUCUUUUGGGCCGCGGUUUUACUCUCUCGGAUUAUUCUUUACUUGAUACCCCUAUUCCUUGAACCCUUCAAGUUUCUUCACUUCUUCCCUUCUCUACUUUCAACUUCGAUACCAUUCUCUUUUUCUUCCCACGAAAAAAGAUUCAUACCCACCCCAAGGUGGUGGCCGGUCGGGUCUGGUUGGGCUGGGCAUACUUCGGGGCAUGCAUUUUACGUUGUGUAUUCACGGGCAGAGAAAGAAGAGUUUUAGAUAUCCAUGUUGUUUUGCUUCCAACGCUUGUCCAUAGACCUCCUGUCUGUCCUUAUCCGUACCCUAUAUACCCUUUUCUUUUAAAACCUUGUUUCCGAUGUACCAUCUAGAAGAGAGAAGAAAAACAUGGCCUGUCCAACG